CUGGCUCUGCUUUGCCUUCCAGUGGAGCGAGACCGAGCCCUGGGCCACCAGGAGCCCCACUGGAAGGAGUUCCGCUUUGACCUGACCCAGAUCCCGACGGGGGAGGCGGUCACAGCCGCGGAGUUCCGGAUUUACAAGGUGCCCAGCACCCGCCCACUCAACAGGACCCUCCACGUCAGCUUGUUCCAGGUGGUCCAGGAGCAAUCCAACAGGGAGUCUGACUUGUUCUUUUUGGAUCUUCAGACGCUCCGAGCUGGGGACGAGGGCUGGCUGGUGCUGGAUGUCACAGCAGCCAGUGACCGCUGGCUGCUGCACCGUAACCAGGAUCUGGGACUCCGCCUCUAUGUGGAAACCGAGGAUGGUGAGGCUGAGGGACCAGGCAUCAGUCCCCUUCUGCCCCGCAGCCCCCAGCCAGGCCUCUGCACCUUCUGGUCACUUUCUUCAGGGCCAGCGCGAGCGCCCCGCGCUGCCGGCCCCUCGGGCAGUGGACCACUGAAGAGGAGGCAGCCGAAAAGAACCAACGAGCUUGCCGCACGCGCUAACAGACUCCGGAUCUUCGUGAGGGCCGGGCCUGGCCUGGAUGACGUCCACGGCUCCGGCGGCCGGCAGGUUUGCCGUCGGCACGAGCUCUACGUCAGCUUCCAGGACCUCGGCUGGCUGGACUGGGUCAUCGCCCCCCAAGGCUACUCGGCCUAUUACUGCCGAGGGGGGUGCUCUUCCCUUGGAUCCUGCAUGAACCCACCAACCACGCUCCUGCAGUCCCUGGUGCACCUGAUGAAGCCGGACGCAGUCCCCAAGGCGUGCUGUGCGCCCACCAAGCUGAGUGCCACCUCUGUGCUCUACUAUGACAGCAGCAACAACGUCAUCCUGCGCAAGCACCGCAACAUGGUGGUCAAGGCCUGCGGCUGCCACUGAGGCCCUUGCCCACCUGGCCCCUACCUGGCCCUGUUGUAGCCGCCCCUUCCCAUCUGGGUCAGGCCCUGCUCCAGGGACAGGAAACCCUCAGACCUGGCCAGACCACAGGCAGAGCCCUCAAAAUCAUGUCCAUGUCCCUCCCUGCUUCAGGCCAGGCUUGGUCCUCUCCAGGCCCCUGUGCUCCCCUCUCUCUGAAUGAUGUGGGCCCAUCCUGCCUCCAGCCCUGGUGGUCUGAGUCAUCUAUAGCAUGCUAUCCAGUCACCCCAAUCCCCACCCCAAGCCACAUAGGGACCAGCUCUUUGGAGUUGGCACGAAAUUCCUGUCUGAGGUCAUGUCCAUGCCCAUCAGUGGCCUAAGCUGUCAGAGGAUGUGGGAUGACCUGGGAGCCACCUGGAUCAUGACUGUCCACCUUGGGCUCUUCAUUAUCCAUCACAGGGUUUGGGUAUAUGUAGAGGGGGGGUAGGCCCCUUCACCCCCACCAGUUGUCUGUCACUCCCAGGUAUAAGACUGGGCAUUUCUGGACCUGCAUGGUAUACAAUAUACCAUGUUGUAUAUUCAUGGCUCUGAGUUAUUGAUCUACUGAUCAUAGAUAAGCAUAUGGGGUCAACUCAAGAAAAAGCAGAAUGAACUACACGGUUUAGGGCUAAAGCCAAUGGCAUUUAUCUUUCAACCUGUGUCUGCCUGUGCUGUCUGGGAAAGAAAUACAGUGCAUGGACAUUUUGCUUUGAAGAAACAGAAAAAUCACUCUGGGAGGCCAAGGCGGGUGGAUUGCUUGAGGU